AUGAAUAGAUUCAUUCGUUUUAAAUAUGAUGAUAAAAAAUUACAACCUAUAGAUGAUUAUAAAGAUGAAUCAAUUUCGUCAAUAGACUUAGCUCUUCAAUCUGUUUUGUCCAUCGUUGACCGAUUGGAUCAUUACAUUGAAGAUGCUAAACACUUUCGUCAUUAUCCUUCGGAUCAUGGUCUCACUGAAGACGAAUCAAUCGCUAUAUACCUCUACACAAAUGACUGGAAUGAUCAAUGUUUAAAUCGAGUUUUGAACAAUACAUUACAAUCAAAAAAUCACACAACUUUAAAAUCUUGGCUGAGUUUUCUGAAAUUAUUCAAUGGAGCACUGAAAAAAUUACCGACUGUUCAUGAUACAACAAUAUGGCGAGGUUUAACAAUUGACCUUGUAGAAAAAUUAAAUAAAAAUGAAAAUUUGAUAUUAUGUACUAUUAUUUCAUGUUCAUCGUCAAGAACUAUUAUAGAACAUCUUCUUGAUGAUACAUCAGUUCUUUGUUCAAUCAAAUCAUUCAGUGGUAUACAAUUUUGGCCAAAUAAUAGUCGAUACGAAGGUAAUUUCAUAGAUGAUAAAAAACAUGGAUAUGGUAUUUACUUUUAUACUGAUCGAGAUAGAUACAUGGGUGAAUGGCAUAAUGACGAACCAAAUGGAAAAGGACUGCUAAUUUGGAGUAAUGGUACUUAUUAUCAAGGAGAGUUUACCAAUGGGAAGAAACACGGUUAUGGAAAAAUAAUUUUUGCUAAUGGACAAAUACAAGAAGGUGAAUGGCGAAAUGAUGAGUAUGUCAUUUAAAUGUAUCAUCAACUAGUUUUAAUCAAUGAGAUAGUGGUUGAAAUGCAUCAUCUGCCAAGAUACGCUUGCUAGUUUAAUAUCAGUGCAUUUUAAUGAAAAAUAAACAAAAUUUUUGUUUAGAUCUGGAAUAUUUAUUCCUGAAAUCAGAUUGGAAUAUAAAUAUCUUUCUUUCUGACACGAGAGCUUCUUCAAGGCAAGAAUGCACAUGAACGCUAAUAAGAGAAACUUGACAAAGUACAUACAUGUUUCGAGACCAUCAACUAUUGUCUUAGUAAAGUGAUUUCAUUU